CUCUGACUUGGAAUCAUGUGGAAGCUUAAACUAGGGCUAUGGUUGAUAAUUUUGGUGCCAGUUAUUGUGGGAUUAAUGUGUGCCAGUGGUAGAUUAUCUGGUGUUUCCAUCGUAACGAUUUCAUUAGGGUUUUGUGGCUUGUUGGGCAGUUUACUGCACUUUAUGCUUCCAAAAAAGCGACCAGCUGAAGGCGUGCUUAUAGCAGAAGAAGAAGAGAACGGAAGCGAAACAACUGGUUCUCCCUCCAUUAAGAAGCAUCGGAUCGGUUGCGUUUUGGAAUCAACGGCACACGCAAUUACCAGCGCUACAUCCACCACCAUCAAUAAUUGUAGCGUUGUUGGCAGCAACCGUAGCAGCGGUUUGAUUAUGGCUCCUGGUGAUGCGAAUCUGAGUGAUAUUGAUGAGGACCUGCACAGCCGGCAGCUCGCUGUGUAUGGCCGUGAGACCAUGCGGCGGCUUUUUGCCUCUAAUGUUCUAGUCUCGGGCAUGCAGGGUCUUGGUGCUGAGAUUGCUAAAAACCUUAUUCUCGCUGGGGUCAAGUCUAUAACAUUGCAUGAUGAACAGACAGUUGAAUUGUGGGAUUUGUCCAGUAAUUUCAUUUUUUCUGAGAAUGAUGUUGGCAAGAACAGAGCAUUGGCUUCUGUUCAAAAGCUGCAGGAACUCAAUAAUGCAGUAGUUGUUUCCACCUUAACUACAAAAUUGGUAAAAGAAAAGCUUUCUGAUUUCCAGGCUGUUGUUUUUACCGAUGUCAACCUUGAGAAAGCCAUCGAGUUUAAUGACUAUUGCCACAGUCAUCAGCCUCCUAUCUCUUUUAUUAAGGCUGAGGUUAGAGGUCUUUUUGGUUCUGUGUUUUGUGACUUCGGACCUGAAUUCACCGUUUUUGAUGUUGAUGGAGAGGAUCCACACACGGGUAUCAUUGCAUCCAUAAGCAAUGACAACCCCGCUUUAGUGUCAUGUGUGGAUGACGAGAGACUGGAGUUUCAGGAUGGGGAUCUUGUUGUAUUUUCUGAAGUUCAUGGAAUGACAGAGCUAAAUGAUGGAAAACCAAGGAAGAUUAUAAAUGCUAGGCCAUAUUCGUUCACUCUUGAUGAGGAUGCCACAAACUUUGCUACCUAUGAGAAAGGUGGUAUUGUAACACAGGUGAAACAACCAAAGGUGUUGAACUUUAAGCCAUUGCGGGAAGCACUUAAAGAUCCUGGUGACUUCCUUCUUAGUGAUUUUUCCAAGUUUGAUCGCCCGCCUCUCCUACACCUAGCAUUUCAAGCACUGGAUAAGUUUUUGUCAGAAUUAGGUCGCUUCCCUGUUGCUGGUUCAGAAGAGGAUGCACAGAAGCUUAUAUCUUUUGCUGCUAUCAUCAAUGAUAGCUCGGGAGAUGGAAGAGUGGAAGACAUCGAUCCAAAACUUGUGCGAUUGUUUGCCUUUGGUGCCAGGGCUGUACUGAAUCCCAUGGCUGCUAUGUUUGGUGGUAUUGUGGGACAAGAGAUUGUCAAAGCAUGCUCUGGAAAAUUUCACCCUCUAUUUCAGUUUUUCUAUUUUGACUCGGUGGAGUCACUUCCUACAGAGAAUUUGGAUGCUAGUGACUUUCAACCGAUAAAUGGUCGUUAUGAUGCGCAAAUUUCAGUUUUUGGAUCUAAGCUCCAGAAGAAAUUAGAGGAUGCCAAUGUUUUUAUUGUUGGAUCUGGUGCAUUAGGUUGUGAAUUCUUGAAAAAUGUAGCAUUAAUGGGUGUUUCAUGUGGUAAGGAAGGGAAGCUGACAAUAACUGAUGAUGAUGUGAUAGAGAAAAGUAACUUAAGCAGACAGUUCCUCUUCCGUGAUUGGAACAUUGGGCAGGCCAAAUCCACAGUUGCUGCAGCUGCUGCUGCUUCAAUAAAUCCAAAUCUCAACAUUGAAGCAUUGCAAAAUCGUGUGGGUCCUGAAACUGAGAAUGUCUUUGAUGAUGCAUUCUGGGAGAAUUUAACCGUUGUUAUAAAUGCUUUGGACAAUGUCAAUGCAAGACUAUAUGUUGAUCAGAGAUGCUUAUACUUCCAGAAGCCACUUCUCGAGUCCGGAACCCUGGGUGCCAAAUGCAACACCCAGAUGGUCAUUCCUCACCUGACCGAAAACUAUGGUGCCUCUAGAGACCCACCUGAGAAGCAAGCCCCCAUGUGCACAGUCCAUUCAUUCCCACACAAUAUUGACCACUGCUUGACAUGGGCUCGAUCCGAAUUUGAAGGUUUGCUUGAGAAAACUCCAGCAGAAGUUAAUGCCUAUCUAUCAAAUCCUGUCGAAUAUACAACUGCUAUGACUAAUGCCGCGGAUGCUCAGGCAAGGGAUACCUUGGAACGUGUCCUUGAGUGUUUUGACAAGGAAAAGUGUGAGACAUUCCAGGAUUGCAUUACAUGGGCUCGAUUGAAGUUUGAAGAUUAUUUUGCUAAUCGUGUGAAGCAGUUGAUUUUUACAUUUCCUGAAGAUGCUGCAACCAGUACUGGGGCUCCGUUCUGGUCUGCGCCAAAGCGGUUUCCUCAUCCACUUGAGUUCUCAGCUUCUGAUCCUGGUCACCUCCACUUUAUCAUGUCAGCAUCCAUACUUCGAGCAGAGACUUUUGGCAUCCCACUUCCUGACUGGGUCAAGAAUCCUAAGAUGCUGGCCGAGGCAGUUGAGAAGGUUAUAGUACCAGAAUUUCAACCAAAGAAGAACGUGAAAAUUGUGACAGAUGAGAAGGCUACUAGUCUUGCCGCUGCAUCUGCAGAUGAUGUAGUAAUUAUCAAUGAAUUAAUCAUGAGAUUAGAGCAGUGUAGGAAGAAUUUGCCACGAGGAUUCCGGAUGAAGCCAAUUCAGUUUGAGAAGGAUGAUGAUACCAACUUCCAUAUGGAUCUGAUAGCCGCGCUUGCCAACAUGAGAGCAAGAAAUUACAGCAUUCCUGAGGUCGACAAGCUGAAAGCCAAGUUUAUUGCCGGAAGGAUCAUUCCUGCUAUUGCAACCUCGACAGCAAUGGCAACUGGUCUUGUGUGCUUGGAGCUUUACAAGGUUCUAGAUGGGAGGCACAAACUGGAGGACUAUCGCAAUACAUUUGCCAAUCUAGCACUACCUUUGUUCUCCAUGGCUGAGCCGGUCCCACCUAAGGUUAUUAAGCAUCGUGACAUGAAAUGGACUGUUUGGGACAGGUGGAUCAUAAAAAACAAUCCAACUUUGAGGGAACUCCUUCAGUGGCUCAAGGACAAGGGGUUGAAUGCUUAUAGCAUAUCAUGUGGGAGUUGCCUGCUCUACAAUAGCUUGUUCCCUAAGCACAGAGAGAGAAUGGACAGGAAGGUUGUGGAUUUGGUUAGGGAAGUGGCAAAAGUAGAAUUGCCUCCGUACCGUUCUCAUUUCGAUGUUGUUGUGGCAUGUGAAGAUGAUGAGGACAAUGACAUUGACAUUCCUACAGUAUCCAUAUACUACCGUUAAGUUGUGUUUUCCCAUUUGCAUGCUCGCUUGGGGCUGUGAUUUUUAGGAUGACAACUCGUUUUGAUCUGAUAAUAGUCUUUCCUCAAUGCUGUAUCUGAGAGUACACAAGAUUCUAUAUUUCCCUUUGUGGAAUUAAAUGGAGACUGUCGCGGACCAUGUAUACCUUUGUAUUAAUUUUAUGAUCCAAAGGUUGACUAUUUUCUUCUAA